AUUAAAUACAAUCAUGCAUUUAAUAAUUCCCCCCAUGAAUAAAGCAAACGUAAUCAAACUAAAAUAAAAAGGCCACAAUCAGAAUGAGAGAGACACAGAACAAGUGCCGUAGUACUCCUUUCACAAAGCCUCUGUCUCAUCCCUACCAAAUUAAACAACCACCGUAGACGGUGAUUUUCCGGUAACAAACCGCCAUUUCUAUCGGAAACUAAUUCGCACUGAUUUUGAUUACAUGAGAGAAGAAUUCAGAAUCUCAUGGAUAAAACUAGAAGAUCAUCCAUAGCUUCAAUCAAUGGAUUUCUCAAACGAAAACAUCGAAAUAUUACUCUCAGAGAUUCUUCCGAGGAAGAAACAGUGGAGUUGAAGGAAGUACCGAGUAAGAGAGGAAGGAAUCACGAUAGAGAUUCGUUGAAUAGGAGUAAGAGGAGAAGAAGCUCUCACUCUUACGGAGACGAAGGAGAACGAAGCACUGAAGAGAGGUUCGGAAAUGAACUGGACGAUCAUGCUCGAGAUGCUGGUUUAUCGCGGAUCUGUUUGCCAAAUACGACGUCGUUUGUCUCCGAUCAAAAUCAUCGCCGGAAAUUUACGCCGGCUAAAUCUCCGCCGUUGAAGAGAACCGACGAGAUGAUCGGUGUCGUAGUUCCAAGGAAGGCUCGUUCAGCUUCAGUGAAAAGGACGCAAGAAAGUUGGAUCUCCGGCGGCGGCGGGGAGAAGCAGAUUUUCCGGGUGAAUUCCCCAGGGAGACGAAGCAUUGAGCCGUCGGCGUCGCCUUCUAAGAGUGUUUCUGUUCAGCAGAAUAUGAAAGCGACUGGUGAAGUUGGGAAGACAUCGGAAUUGUCUUCAUCAGAGAUGGAGAUUGAGAUAGCAGAGCUUCUGUACGGUUUGAGGACUUCCAAGAACCAUGACUCUUCAUCACAAAAAGUUGAACCAACCAUUAAUCAUAACACCUCUACAGAUGCUGAAAAGAAUAAAUCGAAAGACUGCAAUUCAACUGAAGAGUUGGCUAGAGUUCAGGGUGAGAAACCUGCGGGUGUGGGCAGUCAUCAUGGUAAUGCUACUUGUCAUGAAAAGGGAUCAUCAGAGGUUCCUAAAGAGGACAUUGGCGAAGACAAAGUGAAUUCCGGUGCUGGAUUUGGUGGUGAUUCAGCAGAUGGUAGGCCUUUAUCCACCACAUGGGGGUUGCAAUCAUGUUCCAAUUUGGAAGCUGAUAAACAGGAUUCUGCAUCUACUAGAGAGAUGUCUAUUGUUCCGGAAGAUAAAACCCAGAGAGUAGGCAAGUUUGACAUUGAUUUGAUGGCUCCUCCUCCUACGAUGUUGUCCCCAAAAGGGAAUGACUUGUCACGGGGUAAUUUGACAUCAGAAAUAAAAAAAUUGGCUCCGGACUUAGAAAUGAAGAGCAAAGCUAGUAUCAAGGUUGAAGACAAGGUGGAAAUGCUAGUCACAGUAGAGAAAGUUCCUGAAGAAAUUGAAGACACGGCCAAGAUGGCCGUGUUUAAGGAUAAGUUGGAUGUGCUAAAACAUUAUUUGGAGAUGCCAAACAAUGACAUAAAGAUAAACAAUAAAUUAGAAGAGCAGGAUAGGUAUAAGGAACAACCUACUGCAUUGUCAAAUCCCAAAAUGGAGAAAAUUGAUCAUUCCAGUUCAGCGCCUCUAUCAGCAGUUGUAUCAGGACCGCCAAGCAGUCUCUCUCCUAUUGGGUCAAUGAUUAUGAUUGGCAGAUACACGCCGCCCUUGCAGACAGCUGUGAAGACAAGUAAAACUACAGGAUCAUCAACAACCACACAGCAUGUGGAUUUUGCUCUCUCUGAAUCACAACCGAAGAGAUGUGCAACCCAUUAUCGCAUUGCUCGUAACAUCCUACACCAGAAGUUCACAAAGAUGAACCCCCUCUUGCCAGCAAUUAUUGGCUCUGGUUCACUUUGUGCCACAAAAACCAACAAUGUCAACUGUCUUAUCUCAGCAGAAAGUAUGGUCGUUAACAAGCAAUCUCAGAAACACUUGCCGAGUUCUGACCAGAGUUCUGACCAAAAUGGUACACAAGAGAAAGGGUUGGCUGCCACAGGUGAUCAUAAUCUCACUGCAACUAAAGGUUCUAAUUAUGUCAAUCCAGUACAUAAGAUGCAGUUUGUGCUACAACAGGGUCCACAGCCCGGAUCAACUGGGAAUCUAGUGCAUGGUCCUGCUUUCCUAUUUUCUCAAGCAUCAGUUGCAGCAGCUACUAAUCAGGCAGGAGGUGUGAAUUCUCCUAACAAUGCAUCCUCAUAUAAUAGGUCCCAGAGUUCAGUUGCCGGAUCUCCUUGUACCUCCUCAACUUUGCCAGCUGCUGCUACUGCAAUGAGCUUUAGCUACCCUCAAUUUUCAGCCAAUAAUUCUCCUUAUGCGACAAUAGUUCACAAUAACGGGUAUUCGUUCCCCAUUUCAACUAAUUCUCUUGGAGCAACUGCAGCAAUCAGAGGUGCAAGCUCUGCACAAACAACACAUAUACUCGGUGGGCCUUUGCACUCUUCUCAAAUAUUCCAUCCUCUUCAGCAUCCACAACAGCACCCACAUUUACUCGGUGUGCAACCAAGUUAUCUUACUGCACAGACAUCAAGUAGUUCAUCUUCUCAUAUGCAGUCGCAUGGUGCGCAACUAAAUGGUAAUAAUAUCUUGAACUCCACAUCUGCGGAACGACAGUCACAAAAGCAACAGACUCUACAGUCACGCCCUCACAAGCAAGAGACUGAGGUGAAUGAAAAGAAUGUAACAUCUGUUGCUAAUUUAACAUCUUACCCCCUAAAGAAUUUGCAAGGGCAGAACUACACAAUUCCAGUUCAGCCAGUGAACUUUUCUUUCAAGCCAUGUGCAACAUCCGAUAUUGUUGGUGGCAACAGUGGAAACUUUGGUGACAAGCAGCAACAGGUUUCAAAGGGUGGAGUUGAAGUUGUACCAUCUCAAGCAUUUGCAGUAUCAUUUGCUUCAUUUAAUGGAACCAAUCUUCCUUCAAACCUUAACUUCUCAUCCAUGAAACAGAACCCACUGGUAAUUCAAAGCCUUCCUGAUGUUGCACGGCAAGGAUAUCAAACCGCAAGUGCACCUCAUAAUGUUCAGCAGAAGACUUGUUCAAUUACUGUAGAAAAGAGAGGAGGGAAUUCCUCCCACCAAGAUGAUGAAAAGAAAACCACUCAUGGUAAGUCGUCAACUAAUGGGCCAACCACCCUUGUUUUUGAUAAUUCGUCAAAGAAUAUUAACUUUGUGCUAUCUCAUUCAAAUGGAUGUUGGCCUAGUCACUCCGUUGCUUCAACUGUGAUAACAACCAUGCCUUUUUCCAGUAAUACUUCAAGUUCUCAACAGUCAUCCCAAUUGCUUCAGCUUCAGAAACAACAUGGUGUGCAACAGCAUCAACAUUCCACGGCUAAUCGAAAUAAAGCUUCAUCCACCAAUACCGCUUCUGCCACAAAGUUUGCAAACAACGUCCCCGUUUUGUUACAAAGUCAUUCUCAAUGCAAAAGUUCUAACCAAACUUCUCAUUCUAAGAUUACGGGAAGAACCACAGGUUCUCAUGUUCAUCACACAUCUAGUAUAACAUCCAAGACUCCAACCACCAAAAAUGUUUCGGAGAAAGGAAGGUUUUCACAGGGUCAUAUGCAAAUUUCUUUUGGGGGAGAUUACACAACUUCUCUGCCACCUGAAGUGCAACAUCAACUCAAUAACAGCCAGCAUUUGUGUACAAAAGCUGCAGGACCUCCAUUUAAUGGGGGAAACUUGAAGCCAAAUUCGGAAGGUUGGAAAAUCGAUUCGUCAGCGAACAUUUCACAGUUGCAACAACCUGAGAAUUCUUCUGCUGGGAGUAGCCAAAAAUCUUCCCCAGUUUGUGGGAGAAAUGUUCCAUCAAUAUUAAGCUCAGGUCUCAGCCAUCUAUCUGAGCUGAAUUAAUAGAAAUCAAAUUGUAUCCUGUAACAAGGCAGUAUAAAUUGUCUCCAAUUCCACGCAUAAUCUUUUGUAAUCAGAAUAUUCUUGAGGUUGUUGUUGCUACUGCUUCAUGUUCAAACUGCAGUUGUUGGGUAUGUUACCGUCCUUGUGGUGGUUCUCCACAUUCAUCAAGGUCACAUGUAAAUUUGAAGGAAAAAGUCCAUGUAGCUUAUAUCACACACUCAUGGAAGGUACACAGGUUUUCUCAUAGCAGCCAGGUCCUAGAGUUUCACUUGUCGUUCUUUUACUUAGGUAGCAAUGACAAUGUGGGGUACACUCGAUUGAAAUUUAAUGAGGUGAUAGGACCGACGUAUGAUACCACAGUUGCUUGCUGGUGGGAAUUGACAGAAACGGUGGAUAAUGAAAGGAAGUUGGAAUCUAUUGGGCCUGAAAUUUUGAAAAAGUAGGGACCUCUCGUUAUAAUGUCAUAUUUCUUGGUUGGUUAGCUUCUUGUAAGCUUCAACAUUAUAGUGGGGUCUAAUUAAUUUAACAUAGAAAAGGUAUUCUAUUAAUAUGUAUAUAUGAUUUUUUUUUUUGUCUCCCACAUGAGAUGUACUUACUAUAUUAAUUCAUUAAUGAAAAAGCUGCAAUUAUUUCUUUCA